AUGAACAACUUUUCCUCAAUGAAGUUAAAUCUAACUAGUUAAGUCUCCUAAGGUCAAAUUUGUAGAGAAGCUUUAAUCAAAUUAACCAUAAAGCUAGAUCCAGGUUAGUAUAGUUGUAUUGAUAUAUUUGAGGAUUCUUGUCCUGAUAUCUUAGCAAAAAAGUUUGUUUCUGAUAAUAAUUUAAAUAAAGAAUAUACAGAGCCUCUGAGAUAAAAUAUUAUUUCUCAAAUGUUAAUUUAUGAUCAUAAGAUCAAUGAGGAAUUAGUAAAAAACUGUGAUUAAAUCUAAAAUAAAGACAAUGAAGUUAUAUUUGCUUAAAAUAAAGAUAAUAAAUAAAAACAUUUACAUAAAAAUGGUUUAAUUAAGUUUUAAACUUUUGAGAAGCAAAAUAUAGAAAGAUAAAAUGUUACUAUCAGAGCUAGAGCUGAGAAAUUCCCCUUUAAAUAAAUACAACUGGAAAAUGAAAUGAAAAGUAAACAAUUACAUGAUGUAAAUUCAUAAUAGAAAAAUAAUAUAUUUCAAAUUAAUGGUGCUCGCUACAGCAAAAGUCCUUUAACUAAAUAGUAGUCUAUUGACGUUCAGAAACAGCAAAAUUAGAAAAAAAAAUAAACUUAUACGAUCAAUAAUUGUAAAUAAUUUGAAAGUUUUUUUUCAAAAAAAGAAACCAAGAUAUCGAUUUUAUAAUAUGAAGAUAGAAUUGAUUAAGAAUUUAGAUUAUAAAAUAAGUAUUCAGAUUAUGAAAAUAAUUCAUAUUUUGAAGAAUGUCAAAUUUAAAAUGAUAAUCCAUUUACUUCGGCUUAAAUAGAAAAUUCUUUAAGUACCUUUUUAAAGAAUACCGAGAAAAGGAUAAUAAAUCGAUUAUUUAAUAUCAUUUAAACGAAUUCUAUAGUAGAUCCAAGAAAAAUUCCAUAUGAAGAGUUUAAUUAUUAGAUAAUAGUUCAACUCAGAUAACAUUUUCAAAAGCAUAAUUUUGAUUUAAUGAAUUAGGUAGAAUUUUAAUAAAGUGUAUCCAAAAAUCAUGAAUUAAUAAAAGUAAACAUUUUAAAAAUUAUUAUUAGCAAGCAGCUAUAUUUUUUUAGAUUUGA